AUGAAAUUUCACAGUAAGUUGUUUGCGAGUGGGAUGCAAUCACCUGACAAUAAAUUAUUAGAAAGUAACACCGGUUCAAAAUCUCCAUCCAGCAUCACACCCGUUCCUUCGCCCACAGCAAGAGGAUUAGUUGGAUUUUUCAGGCGACGUCGAAAGUCAACAAGCAGCAACAACGAAAACGAUUACAACGAACUUGAAAUGGAAGCUACUUCGGAAUCAGUAAAACCGAAACCUUCUCCAACAGAUAAGAUGCCUGGCGGUAGUAGCAAAAGCAAAGAUGUGUACGGCAAUUAUGCCACGGUGUCAGGUACUGGAGCCAAUCUGCUGAAGGAUAUGUUCAACAAAAAGUAUCGCUCUUCAGUGAGAUUCAGUGGAAAUUUUGAAACAGAAAAAACUCGCAAACCUUCUCACAGCAGUCCACUUGGGACCUUGUUUAAAUUCAGAUCAAAAAAGGAUAUUAUCAAAGAGGAGAGGUCUCCAUCUCCAACUGAGGUAGAAGCAGCUCUGAACAACAAUGCUAGCAACAACAGCAAUGACAAACACCAUCACAAACCGGACAUGCAUCGCAGUCGACACAUUUCCAUCGGAUCAGAUGCCAGAAAAUUUGUGACACCUUCGUCGAGCAAGUUGGGCAGUCUGAUGCCGACGUCCACCAAGGUUAAAGGAUUUUUUGAUUCGUUCAGGCAGAAAUCUUCCAGGGAAACGACGCCUGAGGUGGCUGCCAUGAUUUCACCAACCACGCAGAAUUCAAUUUUAGGUACGACAAUCGUUUAUGCACCUGGAGGUAAGAAGAAGAAAAAGUUUCGAGUGACGAAAGCCCUUGAAGAUGACCCCACGCAGUUUGGACCAAACAAUUUCAUUGAAAUGUAUCGAAAGAAUAGAGCUGAUUCAGAGUCCAAACGGAUAAGUCGUAUUCACCAACUUUCUUCAAGCCCAACUUUUUCUAAAGCUCCUGAAAUACAGUUGAGUUUCUACUCUUAA